AUGGGGUUACAGGUUUUACAACGCAGCAAGAUCAUUGGGGCACGAUACUACAACAGUGAAGGAUAUUAUGACAUUUCAGACUUCAAAUCUCCAAGGGACUCCUUAGGGCAUGGGACACAUACAGCCUCAACCGCUGCAGGCAGGGAGGUGGAUGGAGCAAGCUACUUUGGACUAGCUAAGGGAACUGCAAGAGGUGCAGUGCCUAAUGCAAGAAUUGCUGUGUACAAAGUUUGCUGGUAUUAUGGAUGUGCUGUUGCAGACAUCUUUGCAGCUUUCGACGAUGCUAUAGCAGAUGGUGUAGAUAUCAUUUCAGUGUCUCUUGGAGCUGACUUCCCUUUGGAAUACCUCCAAGACCCAAUUGCUAUUGGAUCUUUCCAUGCCAUGAAAUAUGGUAUCUUAACCUCAAGCUCUGCCGGUAACUCUGGCCCCUUUCCAGUAACAGUUUCCAACUACGCGCCUUGGAUACUGACUGUUGCUGCCAGCAGCAUUGACAGAAAAUUUGUCGCCCAGGUGGUGCUUAGCAAUGGACAAGUCUACACUGGACUCUCGGUUAACAGCUUUGAGCUCAACGGGACCACAUUUCCCUUGAUCUGGGGAGGAGAUGCUGCAAACGUUUCUGCUGGUUACAGUUCGGACUUUUCAAGAUAUUGCCUACCUGAUACCUUGGACUCGUACAAAAUUAAGGGAAAGAUUGUUCUCUGUGACACCCUUUGGGAUGGUUCUACCGUUCUUUUGGCAGAUGGUGUAGGUACAAUAAUGGCUGAUCUAAUAACUGAUUAUGCCUUCAACUACCCAUUACCAGCAACUCAAAUCAGUGUAGAAGAUGGCCUUGCAAUUUUGGAUUACAUCAGAACUGCCAAAAAUCCUUUGGCGACUAUUCUAUUUAGUGAGACUUGGAACGACGUCAUGGCACCCAAUGUAGUUUCAUUUUCUUCAAGAGGACCCAACCCGAUCACCCCAGACAUUCUUAAGCCUGAUAUAACUGCCCCUGGUGUGGACAUCCUUGCUGCUUGGUCACCCGUGGCACCACCUUCCAUCUACUAUCUGGACACCAGGAGUGUCGACUACAAUAUUAUCUCUGGGACAUCCAUGUCUUGCCCUCAUGCUAGUGGUGCCGCAGCCUAUGUCAAGGCUGCCCACCCCAACUGGUCUCCCGCUGCAAUUAAAUCUGCCCUCAUGACCACAGCUCAUGUGAUGGACCCAAGGAAGCACGAAGACCUCGAAUUUGCUUAUGGGUCAGGUCACAUCAACCCCUUGAAUGCAACAGAUCCCGGACUUGUGUAUGAUGCAUCAGAGGCAGAUUACAUAAGCUUCCUCUGCAAGCAGGGUUACAACACCUCCACACUGAGACUUGUCACAGGGGACGACAGUGUUUGCAACAGCACAGAGCCUGGAAGAGCUUGGGAUCUCAAUUAUCCCUCAUUCUCGCUAGCUGUGGAAGAUGGGAACCAAAUCAUGGGUGUCUUCACCAGGACGGUUACUAAUGUUGGCUCUCCCAACUCAACCUACACUGCCGGCAUGUACGUGCCUACCACCCUCAGUGUCACAGUGGAGCCAUCCGUAAUAUCAUUCUCUGCCAUCGGAGAGAAGAAAUCAUUCACAGUGAAGGUGUAUGGACCUAAGAUUUCGCAACAGCCCAUCAUGUCUGGUGCAAUAUGGUGGACAGAUGGGGUCCAUGAGGUAAGAAGCCCACUUGUGGUGUACACAGUUCUCCCAGGUGCUACCUAUUCUUCCUACUCCAUGUCUCACAAGAAACCAGUUUUCAAAGGUUCUUCCAUCUAUCACAAGAAUGGGAUCCUUGGAAACAACUAAGUUCCAUCUAAGACUCCAUCCGUAGUCAAGAGUUUGGAAUCCUGGAGAGAACAGGUUUUCACCGCCUCUCCUGAAAGGGUAAUAAAACUUUGGUCUUUUCUUGUUAUGGGCUGACGUGGUUGGGUCCUCUAGCCAUUUGAGGAGGUAAGCUUUGCCUAGGCGUGGGUUAUAUCAGAAAGGCAGACAACAGACAAACAGUAGAAUAAAAUCAAACUAAUAGGUCAUUGUGACUUGUUUGUUUCCAGUGAAUUGGUUA